AUGGCGCCCGCAAAAUCAGCUCGGAAUGGUCAAGACGACUCCAAGACAGAAACCCCAAACCCGAAAGAAAAGAACGGCGCUUCCGGCAGCCACCAUUCCAAUGGCAAGAUACGCCGUGUCGCCAGUUCCCAGGGCACAAGCCUGCGCGAGACGGCGAAUGCCGGUGCUGCUGCGGCGGCCACGGCUCUGAUGGCUUCGGCCGCGGCCCCAGCCCCUGCGGCAGCUGCCCAAGAGGCAAUCAACCCAGGACUUCAAUGGCCCGCGUUCAAUAGAGACGUUCUCCACGCCUACCGGAGAUCCUACCGACUCAACACACCAACCGCCUUUACUAGCGACCACCGCCAGUGGAUUCUCACGCAACCGGGCAGCGUCGGUCUAUAUUCCCCGACUAUCGCACGGCGCAAGGAGUUUCGGAGACAGACCAAGGACCAGCUGACCAGCACGGUGCGGAAGCACUUUAACGGCCUAGGUGUCCAAGAAAAUGACAUUAUUGUUGAUUUCCUCCACAAGAUCAAAAGCGACGGCGUCUCCAAAACAAGGCCGCGAAGAGCAACAAUUGGCAUACCGCCAUUGGUACAAUAA